GCGAGCAAAGCACACAGCCGCGUUAGCUUGGUUUUGCCUCGUGCGCGGUCGGAGAUGGCGAAGGACAUUGAAGCGGCGGCGGCGGCAGAGGGCGGGGAGUACACGGCGAAGGACUACGCCGACCCGCCCCCGGCGCCGCUCAUCGACGCGGAGGAGCUGACCAAGUGGUCCCUGUACCGCGCGGCGAUCGCCGAGUUCGUGGCCACGCUCCUCUUCCUCUACGUCACGGUGGCCACCGUCAUCGGGUACAAGCACCAGUCGGACGCCACCGUCAACACCGCCGACGCCGCCUGCAGCGGCGUCGGCAUCCUCGGCAUCGCGUGGGCGUUCGGCGGCAUGAUCUUCAUCCUCGUCUACUGCACCGCCGGCGUGUCGGGCGGCCACAUCAACCCGGCCGUGACGUUCGGGCUGUUCCUGGCGCGCAAGGUGUCGCUGGUGCGCGCGGUGCUGUACAUCGUCGCGCAGAGCCUGGGCGCCAUCUGCGGCGUGGGGCUCGUCAAGGGGUUCCAGAGCGCCUACUACGUGCGCUACGGCGGCGGCGCCAACGAGCUCAGCGACGGGUACUCCAAGGGCACCGGCCUCGCCGCCGAGAUCAUCGGCACCUUCGUGCUCGUCUACACCGUCUUCUCCGCCACCGAUCCCAAGCGCAACGCCCGCGACUCCCACGUCCCCGUGCUUGCUCCUCUUCCAAUUGGGUUCGCGGUGUUCAUGGUUCACUUGGCCACCAUCCCGAUCACCGGCACCGGCAUCAACCCGGCAAGGAGUUUGGGAGCUGCUGUUAUCUACAACCAGCACAAGGCAUGGCAUGACCACUGGAUCUUCUGGGUGGGGCCACUGAUCGGCGCCGCCAUCGCCGCCGCCUACCACCAGUACGUCCUGAGGGCAAGCGCCGCGAAGCUCGGUUCUUCCUCCUCCUUCCGCGGCUAGACCGCCGGCCGCCUCCCGCGGCCGCGGGAUGACCGGAGGGGCACUGAAGUGUAGAUAUAUCACCGGCUAGCUGUUCGAUUGCCGCCUGGCAAAGCUAGCUUAUGCUCGGUUGGUUUAUGGCUUUCUGUGUCGAUCAGCCAGCUAGCUGCUUCAUCUCUUUCAGGUCCUGUCCGUGGAUUGUGCUGGUAACCAGCAUUGGUCUGAGCACUGUAUUUUUCUGAGAUAGGCCGCGUUAAUCAUUUGCUCAAUGUUUCUUCCAGGUGUGCUUUGAUGUCAACUUUGUAUAUGUCAAUAUGUGUGUGUGCGUGUCAGCGUGUACGUAUGCAAGCUCUGCAUGUGUGCAUAUGGUAACAAAAAUUGUAUGCAACUUCUAUUAAAAAAAAGUACCUGCAUGUGUUUCUUCCUGUA